AUGGCGUAUGCUGUGUGUGCCAUUCUUAAUACCGAGCCUACCAGUGCGAAUCUCAAUCAAGCUAAAGACGGCCAUUACCCAGACGUGCCGCUACCUCGCGACAAUACCACUAGCAUAGACGCACUUAACGUGCUCAGAUGUGUUCAAGCGAAUGGGUACCCUAAUUCUACGCUAGUAGGUCUGGAAGAUGGCGGGUUCCUAGCCUUUCUGCCUGGCGUUGAAGAAGCAUUCAACACUAGCUACGUCAGGAACGUUAGCGCGUGUAAUUCCAUAUAUGGUCACCAUAUGCUCGUGUCUAUCCAAAGUGGCACAAAUUUUGAGGAUGAUACACAUCCUAUCGGUACCUUAGCCGACAUUAUAUCCGCGCAGACACGCAUCGAUGGCAUUGCACGUGCCACACGUAUUCCUCGGAUACAAACCGACCUGCAGACAACGAGCUCUCAACGUCUCGAGCGUCGUACAAGUUCAUAUUACUACUCCUACAUGGCUGACGAUUCCAGUUGCGGUAGCUACGAAAUGUUUAUUGAUACCACAGACAUGUGUCAGGACAACAACAAAAACUCAUUUGCUUCCUUUCGUGCCGAGAAUCCUAGCGCUCUGUACAAGUUGGACCUCACACUAUGGCCACACCACGACUGUCUCAAGGGAGGCAGCCACACUUACACAUUGUCCCCCAAAUAUACCAUGCCAUGCACGAAGAGGAAGACUUAUUCCUGGUUCGGCGCAUUAAAAGAUGACUCCUGUUUUGGCGCAAACCCUAGCCAAGCGUGUGUAACAAAGAAUGUUAAUGUCUAUACCGGCAUCUACAAGGCAUGGCAGCUCAUCGUAGAGGGGAAAUACUCUUAG